AUGGCAUUCCGCACCUUCGCAACCCUAGCAAUCGCCUAUGCGGGCCUCAGCCACGCCCUCCUCUGCGUCCCAGACCUCACCGGCCUCCUAGGAAUCGGCACAGGCAAAGACACCCUCAAUGGGACCUUCAUCCUCCAAGCCCGCAACCCCGACGGCGCCCUCCUCCCCGUCGUCAACUCCCCCACCCCAGCCCCCGGCGGCUUCUUCCUCCCCCUCUACCUAGGCAACAGCAGCACCACCGACCUCAACAACACCUUCACAACCCCGCAAUUCACCCUCCAAGGCGGCUCCGCCUACGCCCCCGGGGGCACCAAACUCGUCACGCAGUCGAACCCGCUCCUCGCCGCCCAGGCGCUUUACCUCGGCGCGGACAGCACGCAGUUCACGCAUCUGUUCGAGGCUGUGAAUGCGUCGUGCGAUGGCGAGGCGAGCACGUUGUUGAGGUUUCAGGGGAUUGUGCCGAUUCCGCUAGCGACGGCGUCGAUUAAUCAGACGAGUUUUGCGCCCAAUGCCGGGCUUUCGAGUCCGAUUUUGGAGGAUUUGCUCACGCUUGGAAACCCGGUGGAUUUGAUUAUUACGCCACAUUCGGCUUCGUGA